AUGUCUCUCUCUCUCUCUCUCUCUCUCUCUCUCUCUCUCUCUCUCUCUCUCUCUCUCUCUCUCUCUCUCUCUCUCUCUCUCUCUCUCUCUCUCUCUCUCUCUCUCUCUCUCUCUCUCUCUCUCUCUCUCUCUCUCUCUCUCUCUCUCUCUCUCUCUCUCUCUCUCUCUCUCUCUCUCUCUCUCUCUCUCUCUCUCUUAUUUUGUUGUGCGCGGGGGAGGGUUGGGAUCGGCAGGAUGAUGCCGAGCGCUCAGCCCGCUGCAUCGGCUGGAAAGUACAAGUUUGAAGAGAAUGAAACGGUUCUCUGCCACCACCGUGGUAGUCUCUACGUUGCCAAGAUUCUGAAGCGGGUGCUCCGUCCGCUCGAGGAUGCCACGGGCGAGGUGCCGACGUACAAGGUUCACUACCACAAGUGGAGCAAGAAGUGGGUUGCCAAAACCGACCUGCCUACAUAUGGCCUCUGCCUCGCCACGCGCAUGUCCGCACCCCUCUUUCAUAUGAAACCAACGAGACGGCUGACCUGCUGGUUCCUGUCUGUCUGCUUCAGGAACGAUGAAUUUGUGAGCGAGCAAAGGUUGCUCAAGGAUGACCCAGAGAAUCGAAAACUGCUUCCUCAAAAGAAACCUCCCAAGCUCCAGCAGAAGAAGGCGGCCAAGAAACGGCCAACUGCGGCCAGUGCGGCCGGUGGUGACCCCAAGGCCAAACAAGCCAAGACUACACCCCGCCACGUCGAGACGAUGGAUGAGUUUUUAGCUCAGCGCGAGGUUCGACUGAGCAUCCCGUUGGAGAUUAAAAAGGCCCUCGUAGCCGACUUUCAGGCUGUUGUCAAGCGGAAGAAGCUCGUGCAGUUGCCUCCCCAAAUUACAGUGACCGCCGUGUUGGACCAGUUUGUCGAAGCUGGCGUGGCACGCGGCCGCUCCAAAUUUGUUCUAAACGAGCUAACAGAUGGUCUCAAGACGUAUUUCCGGCAGUGCUUGGACAAGCAGCUGUUGUAUGUCUAUGAGCGGUCCCAGUUCCAAGCCUUGGCCUCAGAGCAGAGUGAGAUGGACAUAUGCCUGUCCUAUGGCACUGUUCAUUUAUUGCGCUUGUUGGUCAAGCUUCCUGCUCUGCUGGUGCACACAGAGGUGGACGAGAGCAUGAUGGAGGAGAAGCUGCACGCGCACAUGCUGGCGCGAAUUGAGGGCGAUAGCCUGCCAAACGAACUCCUGGGUGGCUUGCUUGGGUUACAUGGACAGACUUUGGUAUCGGCCUUGGAUUUGAUCGAUCGCAAGGGCAUCCGGCGACUGUCCUCGCCACGUCGGCAAGUGUUUGAGGUAACGAGCUCAGCGCAGCAAUCAUACCUGGUGCUCCUCGAAGCCGGCUUCUGCACCUGCUAUGCCUACGAGAACACGGUACUGAAGGGACAAGCGCUUCGGGUACGCAGCUGUGACUUCCUCGCCACCUUUUGA